AUGGGCGAGACCACAUCCGUGGUCGAGGCGCUUCGCGACCUGCAGUUGAAGCAGUCCGAGCUUUCCAAAGCAUUUAAAAGCCUGAAAAGAAGUCGACUGCGAAAUGCCCAGCUCGUUGUCGUCGGCAUGCAGUCUUCGGGGAAGAGCUCUGUCUUGGAUAGAAUUUCUCGUGUCCGUCUUCCCACGGACAGCAAGCGUUUCGUGAAGUGA